ACUCCGAUUCAGAAGCGAAACCCCAAAAAUCAAAUACGCCCCCAAUCACUUCUGAUUCACUCUCUCCAACCCAAAAAUGCCGUCGUUUAAGCCAUUCGCGGCCGCCGCGAACACUCUCCGGUCUCGCCUCAGCCCAUCCCUUCGUACACGUGGAGGCGGCGGACACGGUCCUAGCCGGUGGACAAGUCCAGGUCACGAGGAUCACCCCAAAGGUCUGCCCUUCAGCCGUACGCCGCCGCCGCCGGGAGAGUCGCGUAAAUGGGAGGAUUGGGAGCUCCCCUGCUACAUCACCAGCUUCCUUACUAUUGUCAUCCUCGGAGUUGGUCUGAGCGCGAAGCCCGAUCUCACGAUUGAGACCUGGGCCCACCAGAAAGCCCUCGAACGGCUCGAAUUGGAGGCCGCACAGCCCGCCGUUGAUUCCGAUUGAAGAAGAUAUCUGCCAUUUACUGGGGUAUGGUGUUUUUUGUUUUUUUUUUCCCGGCUCAUUAUUGUAUCUUCACGCUAGAAACGAAGCGGAUGAAUCGUCUUGGGUUAUCUUAUCUAGUUUUGAAGAAAUAAAUGUAAUUGGCUGACUUUGUUUUUCGUGUUUUUUUAAUUUAGACAAAUUUUGCAUCGAAUGCUAUUAAUAUACUGUGGUUUUCAGAGUGUUUGAGUUACUUGGGGUUACAUUGGUUCGAAAUAAUGUUACAUUUUGUGUGCAUUGGAUGAAUGCAUUGCAUUUGCUUU